AUCUUGAAAUUGGGGGAGGAGGGGAGAUGGUGGCGAGAAGAGGCCACCUAAAACCCUAGAAGCCAGAGACUGCAAACCUCAUAAAACCUCCAAAGCGCGCACCAAGAAACCCCCGCAGAAGAAGAGCUCGAGCUUUCGCAUUCGCAUUCGCAUUCGCAUCAAUGGAGGUGGAACCCAAGAAGGCGUCCAAGACCUUCCCGGUGAAGCCGAAGCUGAAGCCGAAGCCGAGAACCCCUUCUGGCAAGACCCCAGAAUCCAAGUACUGGUCCUCCUUCAAGACCACCCACCCCCUCGACAACCUCUCCUUCUCCGUCCCUUCCCUCGCCUUCUCCCCUUCCCCUCCCCACCUCCUCGCCGCCGCCCACUCCGCCACCGUCUCCCUCUUCUCCCCCACCGCACCACCAUCCUCCUUCUCCGACGUCGUCUCCUCCCUCUCCUUCCGCUCCGACGGCCAACUCCUCGCCGCCUCCGACCUCUCCGGCCUCAUCCAGGUCUUCGACGUCCGCUCCCGCACCCCGCUCCGCCGCCUCCGCUCCCACGCCCGCCCCGUCAGGUUCGUCCGCUACCCGGCCCUCGACAAGCUCCACCUGGUGUCCGGGGGCGAUGACGCCCUCGUCAAGUACUGGGACGUGGCCGGGGAGAGCGUGGUGUCGGAGCUCCGAGGGCAUAAGGACUACGUCCGGUGCGGGGACUGUUCGCCCGCCGACGCGAAUUGCUUCGUCACCGGGUCUUAUGAUCACGUGGUGAAGCUCUGGGAUGUGAGGGUGAGAGAUGGGAACAGGGCGGCGACGGAGGUGAAUCACGGGUCGCCGGUGCAGGAUGUGAUCUUCUUGCCGUCGGGGAGUUUGGUCGCCACCGCGGGAGGGAAUAGCGUGAAGAUUUGGGACUUGAUUGGAGGAGGGAGGAUGGUUUAUUCGAUGGAGAGUCACAACAAGACCGUGACCUCCAUUUGUGUGGGUACGAUGGGGGCGCAGCAGAGCGGGGAAGAAGGUGUGCAGCUGAGGAUCUUGAGCGUUGGUCUCGACGGGUAUAUGAAGGUGUUUGAUUAUUCUAGAAUGAAGGUCACGCAUUCGAUGAGGUUCCCGGCACCUCUGCUGUCGAUCGGGUUUUCGCCCGAUAGCAACGUGAGAGCCAUUGGGACUUCGAAUGGUAUUUUGUAUGUGGGAAAGAGAAAGGCGAAGGAAAAUGCGGAGGGUGGUGCCAAUGGAAUCUUAGGGUUGGGCAGUGUGGAGGAGCCGCGGAGGCGGGUCUUGAAGCCCUCGUUCUAUAGGUACUUCCACAGAGGUCAGAGUGAGAAGCCAUCCGAGGGAGAUUAUUUGGUUAUGAGGCCGAAGAAGGUGAAGUUGGCUGAGCAUGAUAAACUCUUGAAGAAGUUCCAGCAUAAGAAUGCUCUCAUUUCAGUUUUAGGUGGAAAUGAUCCUGAAAAGGUGGUGGCUGUGAUGGAGGAAUUGGUGGCUCGGAGGGCACUGCUAAAGUGCGUCCUGAACUUGGAUGCGGAUGAAUUGGGUCUGAUUUUGACGUUCUUGCAUAAGAACUCGACUGUGCCUAGAUAUUCAAGCUUGUUGCUGGGGCUGGCGAAGAAGGUUAUUGACUUGAGGCUCGAAGACAUAAGAGCAUCCGAUGCCUUGAAGGGUCAUAUUAGGAACCUCAAGCGCUCAGUUGAUGAGGAGAUUCGGAUACAAGAGGGGUUGCAAGAGAUUCAGGGUAUGGUAUCUCCUUUACUAAGGAUUGCAGGCAGAAGAUAGCGAUAGAGUUAUACUGCAUGUACUGAGGUAAAUGUUUUGAUUACUCCACCCAAUUGCGUUGGUUCUCUACUUUUUCCCCUUGAGGGAUGAAAUUUUGCUGCAAUGUAUGAGUUUCACUAAAUUUAUGGAACACUUAUGUUUUUAUACGGAGAUGGUUGGAGUUGAAGGUCCAUCUUCCGGGUUUUAUCUGUAACUGGAUGCUCAAGUAAAACAAUUUUUUUUCCCUUUAGAAUAUAAUGUCAAGCAAUUUCGCUA